AUGACUAAAGGAAGAUCCAGGAAUUGCUGGUUUACGAUAAAUAAUUUCACUAACCCUUUAGAUAGAAUAAUUAUAUAAUUAUAAAUUUAAUAAGAUUAUUGUUUUUAAAUUUCUAUAUAAAAAUGAUAUUUUUUUUGCAAACGAACUGAGGGAACCAUUGAGCUUUUGAAGAAUGAAUUUGAGGCAGGAAAGAUCUCAUAUUUAAUUGUUGCAAUUAAGUAUGUUCCAGCUCCUCACUUGCUUGGUUGCAUUCAAUUUAAACAGCAGACGAGAUAUAUUAAAUUGGCUAGAAAAUUAAAUGCCAAUUUCAGAAAAUGCUCAGGACUCACUGAAGAUGUAAUAAAGGUAUGGUUUAAGAGCGAAAAUUUUGUGGAAAUGGGAAAAUUCAAAACUAUUACAAUAAAUAGUGCGAAAAAGACCAAAACAGAAGAUCAAAAAUCGGUGAAAAUAUCAAGUAGUAAGGUCAGCUCACUCCCUUCAAUAAUAAGAAAAUUCUUGUGCAUUAAUGGGUGGUUAGCGCAAAAUUUUUAAAAUUUUACACGAAUAGAUCUAAAUUGUCUGAAAAAUUUUAGCACAAAAAUUUAAAAAUCUUAUACGAAUAGAUCUAAAUUGUCUGAAAACCCUUUAAUAGAGAGCAAAUUUCGAUCUAUUCUGAUGAAAUAAAAUAUUAUGUUAAAACCCCUAGCAAAAUGUGCAAGAAUUUGCUUAUUAUUUGGGGGGGAAAGCUAGAAGAAACUGUUGUAGACGAUUAUAAUGCUUUUUAUCAGCAAUUUAAUCUCUUUUGUACGUUAUUUGAGCCAUUUUGUUCUUUUACUUCAAAUAUGACUGAAAAUCCAGUUUUUCUACCAUUUUAG